ACCCAGUAGAAUCAGCUCUGCUUCUUCCCACUGAAUUCUUGGAUUCUCCUUUUAGGUCCUCUCUUCCAUCUGGGUUCUGAGACUUGGUAUUCCUCAACUAUCAAAGAUGAUUGUAGAGCUCAAAGAGAAAUUUGAACUUAGCAUCAAGCAAGGGGAGAUAACACUUGUUCCCCCAGCAGAGGAAACAGAUAAGGGCCUCUACUACCUCUCCAACCUCGACCAAAACAUAGCGGUGAUUGUUCAGACUGUCUACUGCUUCAAGUCAGACGACAAAGGAAAGGAGAGAGUUGCUGAAGUAAUCAAGGAGGCCUUGGCGAAGGUUCUUGUCCAAUACUAUCCACUUGCCGGGCGGCUCACAAUCAGCUCUAAGGGUAAACUUAUAGUAAAUUGCACAGGAGAAGGUGCAGUUUUUGUCGAGGCUACGGCAGAUUGUGAGAUGGAAGACAUCGGAGACAUCACAAAGCCCGACCCCAUGACUCUAGGCAAGCUUGUUUAUAACAUUCCUGGUGCUAAGAACAUACUGGAGAUACCUCCUCUGGUAGCUCAGGUUACUAAUUUCAAGUGUGGAGGAUUCAUCCUUGGACUAGCCAUGAACCACUGCAUGUUUGAUGGUCUUGGGGCCAUGGAAUUUGUGAACUCAUGGGGAGAAACGGCACGGGGCCUGCCGCUAGCCGUGCCACCAUUCACAGACCGGAGAGUUCUCGAGGCCCGGAAUCCUCCUCUUAUCACCUUCCCCCACCAUGAAUUUGCUGAGAUCGAAGAUAUCUCUGAUACCUGCAACCUAUACCAAGAAGAAAUGCUUUACAAAUCCUUCUGCUUUGAACCUGAUAAGCUUGAGCGCCUCAAGAGGAAGGCCAUGGAAGAAGGAGCUCUCAAGAAGUGUACUACUUUCGAAGCACUCUCUGGAUUUGUAUGGAAAGCCCGGACUGGGGCAUUGAAGCUCCAACCUGAUCAGAAGACUAAACUCCUCUUUGCAGUGGAUGGGAGGUCAAGGUUCAACCCUCCCCUCCCAAAGGGCUACUUUGGCAAUGGCAUUGUGCUUACCAACUCUCUUUGUAGUGCGGGGGAGCUCAUGGAGAGACCGCUCUCCUUCGCGGUUGGGCUGGUUCAGAAGGCAGUGAACAUGGUCACUGAUGAGUACAUGAGAUCGGCGAUCGACUACUUCGAAGCAACGAGAGCUAGGCCUUCUCUGACUUCUACUCUUCUGAUAACUACAUGGUCUAGGCUGUCCUUCCAUACCACAGACUUUGGGUGGGGGGAGCCAAUUCAGUCCGGGCCCGUGUCUCUUCCUGAGAAAGAGGUGACCUUGUUCUUGUCUCAUGGGAAGGAGAGGAAGAGCAUAAAUGUGCUUCUGGGGCUCCCAGGUCCAGCAAUGCUCAAAUUCCAAGAGCUGAUGGAGAUAUAGGAAUAGAGGGAGGAGAAACUGUUUGUCACUAUGGCGUCUAUUCUUUCUUACUGUUGCUUAUUGGGUCUCUUUGAAGCAGGAUUGUGUCUCGAAUUAACUGCUUCAGUAUAAGAGAAGCGGUAAUAGCUAUAUUGAAAAUUCGAGAUCUGAUCUUUAGAAAUUAAUGAUUAAUUUAAUGACUAAAUAAAAAAUAACUAAUAAAGUGUGCAUUUGGAUACCUGUAGUUAGGUGUAUGCGAAGUGAAA